UCCACUUUGGGAACUGAUGAUGAAUUUGAGACUGAUGAUAGAGAAUUGGAGAUGGAUGAUAGUGAUGAAUUCAAAACCGAUGAUGACGUUCUGUUGUAUAUAUUUGAAAAAAGGUAUAGGACCUCUUCAUGCCUAGAUGGCUCUUCAUCAUAA